UCCGAUUUAAAUACACACCUUAUCAUUCAUACUGGUGAAAAGCCAUACAAGUGUACACACUGCGAGAAAGAUUUUUAUUCAAAAUCUCAGUUGAAUAGACAUUUAGGAAUUCAUACAAAUGAGAAGCCAUACAUGUGUACACAGUGUGAGAAAUGUUUUCGUACAAAAUCUGACUUAACUUCACACCUGAGAAUUCAUGCAGUUGAGAAGCCAUACAAGUGUACACAGUGUGGUAAGAGUUUUCGUACAAAAACUCAUCUAAAUAGACACCUGAGAAUUCAUACAGGUAAAAAGCCAUACAAAUGCCCUCAGUGUGAGGAGUGCUUUUCUAAAGUUUCUCAUUUAAAUCGCCACCAGGCAGUUCAUACAGAUGAAAAGCCCUUCAAAUGUUCUCACUGUGGGAAGUGCUUUUCCAAAAUUUCUAAUUUACGUAGCCAUCUGAGAAUUCAUGCUGGUGAAAAGCCAUACAAGUGUACACAGUGUGAAAAGUGUUUUCAUAAAAAAUCUUAUUUUGAUAUACACCUGAGAAUUCAUACAGGUGAAAAGCCCUACAGAUGUUGUCAGUGUGGGAAGUGCUUUUCCACAAAGUCUCAUUUAAAUAGCCACCAGAGAAUUCAUUCAGGUGAAAAGCCCUACAAAUGUACUCAGUGUGGGAAGUGCUUUUCCACAGUAUCUCAGUCUAAUACCCAUCAGAGAAUUCAUUCAGGUGAAAAGCCCUAUAAAUGUACUCAGUGUGGAAAAUGUUUUUCCCAAACAAAUGCAUUAAAUACCCAUAAGACCGUUCAUACAGGUGAAAAGCCAUACACAUGUCCUCAGUGUGGGAAGUGCUUUUCCACAAUAUCUCAUUUCAAUAUGCAUCACAGAAUUCAUACAGGUGAAAAGCCAUACAAGUGUACUCAGUGUGAGCAGUGUUUUUCCAAAAAAAAUGAGUUCAAUUGUCACAGUAUAAUUCAUUCAGGUGAAAAACCCUACAAGUGUACUCAGUGUGGGAUGUGCUUUUUGAGUGCAAGUUUUUUAAUUCUCCACCUGAGGAUUCAUACAGGUGAAAAGCCAUACAAAUGUCUUCAGUGUGGAAAGUGCUUUUCCAAAUUAUGUUAUUUGGUUAGGCACCAGAAAAUUCCUACUGGUGAAUAGCCUGACAAAUGUACCCAUUAUGGAAAGUUUCAUCCCUUUCGUGCUGCGUAUAAUGGAAAAUGUUUUGCUUCAGUUUUAAUAGAACCACUUAAUUAAUUUGAGAAUCCUUUGAAUCUAUUUGUACAAAUCAGCCUUUUGUGCUUUCGAAAGUCUUGUCUGGUGGGUGUUUUAGUUUGAAUUGAAGGAGUGAGUAAAAGGUGGUAAUACUACUAAAGGUGGUAAAACUAUUUGUCACUGUUUGUAGUUGUCCAGUUUAUAGUUUUGCUUCUGAUAUUUGUUCAAUGUUUGUAUUUUGGACAGUUUGAAAAAAAGUACAAUGUCUGGGACAAUAUGCACCACCAUUUUCUUCUGUUUUUCACUAUUUUGUUUUUAAAAAAAAUAUUUGAAUUACUUUUAAUGGUGUUACGUCCCCUGCCUCUGCUGGUCUGGGUAGUGCAGGUGGAGGUAAUUACCGAAUCGCUUGAUUGCCUCCACCUGCCUGUGGCCAACAUAAGCCCUGCAGUAUGAGGCAAGGGAGAUCUUCUUUAGUGUUUUUUUUGUUUGUGGCUUGUCAUUUGCUUUGUGGUUUUGUGUUUUUGGUGUUUGUGAAGGUCGUUUUGUUUGGUGAACUUUGUGGGUUUUUGUUUGUAGUUUGCGUUUUAGUUUGACUUAAACUAAUAAAUGUCUGGGAUUUUUGUUUUGUUUAGAUCAGUUUGUCUUGUUUUUUUGGUAUAUAGGACCUGUUUGUUACGGCGUUUGGGCUGGCCGUAACAAUGGUUGAAUGUCAUUUCUUGCUGAUUGAAGGGUGAUAUUUUGUAACGAUGAAAUUCACACCAAAGUAAUUUCAUGAAAGAGACGUGAAAACUGUCUGCACUGUAUGAACAAACAUCGUAAUGUGUUUUGUAUUUUGAAAACGCAUUUGACUAUACUGGUCGUUUCAGUGUAGAAGCUGUAAUAUGCAUGUCACCUAACACUGAUGAUAGUAUGGUUUAUCUGAGAUAUUAUUUAAGGAUCAUCGUUUUACUCUUUAUUGUUCAAUGUUGUAUAUGAAUUGUGCAUGAAAGAAUGCUUCAGUAAAAAUGUGUGCAUGUCAAAGCCUUUGUGCCAUGAAAAGUUUAGAGUUCAUACAAUGUCCUUCAUUGUGUCAUUGUAUUCACAUUUACUACCUCUGUAAUGUUUUUUUAAAAUUCCUGUUGCACAUAACUCAAUAAUUGUGCAACAAAUAAAAUGACUCUUGGAGCUUGAA